UGUUGGUGCUACCGGAUUCAUCAGAUGACACUAUCGGAAUGAUUACCCUGUUUGGUGUCAAAAAUACAUGCGCCCUAUUACUGGUAGUUUCCAACAUCGCUUCACGGAUAAUAAUGAACUAUGCUGCGAGCAGUUUUCGGGACUUGGGCUUAUCUCGCCGGUGUUGUAAUGGAACUCUGGGAUAUGCCUGGGACCAUCCCUACAUGCCCUGUGGUCACAUGCGCUGCUGUAACGAAGAAGAAACCGUUGCUUUAAUUCACAUUGAUUUCGCUCUAGGAUUUCGAUUUCACUGUUUGCCAAAGGCACGGAUAAAACCGGAGUGUUACGCUGCGGGAAUAGAGGUUCGUUCCACCAAUCAGGAUCCAGAUCUCAUUCCAAGAACUUGUUGUGACGGCGCCAAAUUCGAAGUGGUUGUGAACCAGUGGUAUGCGGCCAUGGUAAUACGCUGUACAUCUAGGUGA